GUCAUAUCUGUAAUAACGCUGGGAUUUUUUUCUGUCAAUCAACAAUAAAGCUCAUUUAGACUCGUAACAGAGUGGUUCAGGUGUUUAAUCGACUGACAUAUGGUUACCUCAAAGUCAUUUAGACUCAUGAUAGACUGGUUCAAGUAUCUUACAGACCGACAUAUUGUUUGUUACCUCAGAGUCAUUUAGACACGGUAUAGAGUUGUUCAGGUAUUUAACGGACUAACGCAAUGUUGCCUCAGAAUCAGUGUGGCUGCAUAUAUCCAUACAUUUCACAGAAGAAAAGUUUUUCGUUCUUGAAAGGCUCGGGGGAAACAAAUUUCUUCAGUUCUCUAUAUUGGUGUGUGAGCCCAUAUUUUGUUAAUUUUUAUUGGACAAAUAGCAAGUUUAUUAAUGUAGAAGCUAGAGUAGUUGUGGAAUAAGCAAGAAGAAGAUUGAAUUAGCGCUUCAGAAAUCUAAUUGAUCUCAUUAGCUGCCAGCUUGUUGUUAUUUGUAUAUAAUUUAUAUAUAGACAUGUUACAGCUUAGAUUCAGUUGUUUCAAUUUUUUAAAUUGUUUCAGUUGUUUCUAUUGUUUCAGUUGUUUCAAUUGUUUAUAUUGUUUCAGUUGUUUCAAUUGUUAUAUUCAUUAAACCAUUUUAAAGUCAGAUGCUCUCAAUAUAAUUUUUAAAAUAAUAAAACCUGCUAAAUCCGUUUGUAUAAGUAUGCCAAUGGGAGCACUCUUUUAUACAUGUUCUUGGUGGAUACAUCCAGUUCUUUUUGGUCUGGUGGAUAGAUCCAGUUCUUUUUGGUCUGGUGGAUAGAUCCAGUUCUUUUUGGUCUGGUGGAUAGAUCCAGUUCUUUUUGGUCUGGUGAAGUGGUCUUUAUAGCCACCUAAGUGGGUCUCUGCCAAUUAGUCACAUAUCUGUUUUGACUUCAAAAAGACAUGGUUCUUGACAGGUUCUUUGAAAAGAAAUAUGGCUCUCAAAUGUAUUUUAAUCCUCCUGCUGCUAAUUUUUGUAUUUUUUACUAAUGAGUUUGCCGACCACUGAUCUGGUGGAUAGAUCCAGUUCUUUUGGUCUGGUGGAUAGAUCCAGUUCUUUUUGGUCUGGUGGAUAGAUCCAGUUCUUUUUGGUCUGAUAUUAAACAUUUCAAGAAGAUUUUUGUAAGAGUGGGUGGGCUGGGUCUUGGAGUCUGAAACAAAAUAUCCCCACCCACCUUCCAUAAAAUUUCACCCCUCCACAAACUUUCAGAGACACAGGUUUAAUUCCCUGUGGAAGUCAAAUGGCUAAGGAAGAGAAAAAAAAAAAAAUGAUGGACAUGAAAGUAAAAAAAUAAUUUUGAAUAUAAAGCCAUCUUGGUACACAACACGUACAAUGUAAAAUUCUUGUAAAGUUUAAAACUGUCACUAAAUUCAGAAAGCAGGAGACAUUUUAAGAAUGCUGUGAUUAAAAGUAAAGAAUUAUUUAAUGGACAUGUCAAAUUAUAGAAUUUAUACCUCAAAAAAAAAAUUAAAAAUCUCUGCUUUUGUUAAAGUAAUGAAUGCAUUAUGGGGUCCACUAUGCAUAAUCUCAACCACCUGAUCAGUAUAGAUCCAUCUUACUUAAGACUUUUAUUAUCAGCCCCAGGCAGUUAAAUAUGUGCAGGUAUAAAGAAAACCUUUUUAUUAAGUUCCUUUGUUAUUGUCGUUUAUGGAUCUGUUACCAUGCUCUGAUUUGCAUUGCUUUACAUUCACUCUGCUGAUCACAGUUGCACUCUAGGCAAAGACCAACACAAUUUUUGCAUGGGCCUUAAAUUUUGUAAUAAAAAUGAGAGAUUUGUAAGUAGGUGAAAAUGAAACUCAUGAUGACACAACGCCUCAAGAGGCCAGGAGUAGUAAUGUAAUAACACGCCCAUUUCUAGGCAUGCUUAGACUUUAUUUUUGUACUUAACCACAUGGAUGAACAAUUUUUGAAACAUAACGUUAAGGCUAAGCCAGAAUGACAUAAGGAUAAGCCAGAACUGGAUAAUAUGUCACAAGGAGAGGUAUGAGAAAAAACUUUGAAACAGGUUGCAGAUGAUGCAGAAGACAGACACAUACUGGGAAUAAAAUGUAAGGCUGAGUUCCAUGUAAGGCUGAGUUCUAUCACCAGGUUGAUUACGUAACUCUUCAUUUUAGGCGGGUCUUUCCUCUUGUAUGUUUGGUUAUUUUGAUGAACUAAAUAUUAAUCCAUAAUUAUUUACGUUGAAAUAAAUUUUUAUUGACGACCUUCAUUUUUAUUUUAAAAACGCAAGACAAGUGUGUAUAAAUAAAAGAAAAAAAAAUCCAUUUUAAAUUUUAUUUUUAUUUUGGUAGUCUUGUUGAAUAAGUUUUUAUAAUUUUUAUUGAUUUCUUGCAUAACCCUUGUUUCGCAGGUCAUAAUAUUGCUUUUGGUUAACUGAUUCAUCAGUGGCUCAUCCUGACAAAGAUACACAUUUUUUUGGGCAUUGAAAAUCCUCUAAAACUUCAAAAUGUAAGUUCGUAAUUUAAUAAAAAUAAUUUAAUUUGUAUUUGUGAAACACAUGUUUUGGGUUAAAAUCUUAAAGUAGGUUGUUUUGGAAAUUUAGAAAGUGUGCUAUCAUUGAAAAGUUCAAUUAUUAAAUUUAAUUUCAUAAAGGUUACUAAAUUUUUCAUUUCCACCACUAAUCAAGAAAAGACUAAUAGAGUUUUCUUGUUAUGGUUACAAUUAAAUGCCUGCUUUUAAAAAACGCACCCAAAGCUGUUUAAUCACUAUGACUGAUUUACAUGUUAUCAAGACAAAGCCAGUAACCUUAUGUAGCGUUUAAUUUCCUCUCUUAUUUUUGUCAGGUGGGCCUCAAUGCUAGAAGCCCUCUCAAAGAUGACCCUCUCGAGGGGCGCCCGUGAUGAUGACGGCGUGGACCAACUCCACCAUUUUGGAACAGUUGCUCUGUUUGCGGCAUUCGCAGCACUCAUAGGCAUGAAUCAGUAUGUCGGCGACCCAAUUCAUUGUUGGGUGCCAGCCCAGUUCCCGGGCCAUCACACUGUACGUAAACCUGGGUAUUGUUUUAUUAUUUUAAAUUUUGACACAUUUUCAAUAAAUAUUUCCACAACUAUAUUCAGAGGCUCAAUUUUUUUAUCUAUAAAAUUUCAUUUAAUCUAAAAAAAAUUUUAUAUAUAUAUAUAUAUACUGCUUCACUUGUCAGGUUAGGUUUUAUUUAUCAAAUUAAUUUGAUGUUCUAGUUAAAAAUAUAUCAUCUAUAGCAAAAUUGCUUGAGUAUUUUUUAUUUUAUAUUAAUAUUUUUUCAAUACAUCUCAAGAGUUCUUCAAUUUUAUAAAACACAUUUCUAUACUUAUGUAGGGAGUGUACCUGUACCACAGAGGUUUCAAUCAUUUUUUUUAGAAAGUUUUUAGAUUUAACAAAUUUAAUAAAAAAUCUUUUCAGUGAUUGAGACAGUUGUUUAAUUUUUUUAACAAGUUAUGUUUCUCUUUUUUUUCCAAGAGCAUUUUUUAAUUUUUAAUAAUCAAGCUGUUAAAAAAUAUAAUUUACAGGCUUAUGCAGAAAAUCUGUGCUGGAUCUCCCAGAUGUACUAUGUUCCGAUUGAUGAAGAAAUUCCUUACCACAAGGAAGAUAGGAUGCACAGAGAUAUAAGCUUUUACCGUUGGGUGGUGGCCGUUUUCCUUUUCCAAGUGAGUCGAUUCUGAUAUUUUAAUAUGCUAUCUUUUGUUUCAGUGGACUUUAUUCAAAGCACCUUUGUUGUAAUUAUAAAGUAAUGAGCUAAUGUUUAAAUUGAAAGGUUUCAUAACAGUACAAUCAUAUGGAUAAGUGGUUUUCUUUCAAGUAUUAAAAAGAUUGUGUGUUUAUUAGUUUCAAGCUUGAUAUAAUACUUAGAUGGCUUGAACAAAAAAAUUACUAGUGUUAACAGUGUUAACCUAUUAGUAAGCUUACCUCAAUAUUUGUUGUCAUUAAUCAGUUGAAAAAAUUUUUGGAAAGUUCAAAAACAAAAUGUUUAAGUGACUAACUUCAUAAAGUUUUGAAAAAAAAAAGUAUUUUAUAAUACCGGUAUAAUAUCGAAUUUACAAACAUUUCUCACAUUUUUUUUCUACAAAGGAUAAUUUUCUUGUUUCUCUAGUGCCUUCUUUUCAAGUUACCAAACAUGUUGUGGAAAGAGUUGCGCGGCUACUCUGGCAUCAAUGUGCAGAAGAUAGUCAACAUGGCAGAUGAAGUUGUGAUGACCCCAGCUGAGAACAGAGAUAAAAAAAUUGGUGACAUUUCUUUGUUUAUCCACAAGUGGCUGAAGAGUUACAGAGUCUACAAGGUAAGAUGUGGUCAGCUGUAAAUUUUCGGUUUCACACCGUAAUCCCAAAAGCCAGAUAAAUACCAAUAUGCCAGGCCUUUCAAACAUUAAAAUAGACAUUAUUACACCAUCUCUAGCACCUCCCAGAACUCCCAGAGUUGUGCCUUAACUACCUACCAAAACUACCAGACUGCACUAACACCUCAUCUACAAAGAACAGCUGCAUAGUGCCCAAAUUUUUCACCUUUGUAGAAGGGGUCAUGCCAAAAUGAAUGCUGGAUUGAAAUGAUGAUGAUGAAGACAAAUUGAUAGUUGGCUUUUAUGUAUGGCCAGAGGUCUAAUGUGGGUCUGAUACUGCAUGUUUUCUCAUCAUUUAUUUACACCACACCAUUUUAAAUUCAUCAAAUAAUUGCAUCAUUUAGAAAUUGAAAGGAAAAAAAAUGUUUUACUAUAGUUGUGUCUCUAUUUCAUCAAGUUCCCUGCUCAAUGUAUUCAAAAUAUUCCCUACUAAAAUGUGUUCAACCAGGUGAUCUUUGAGCAGGGACAUAAUAGUUACCUCCCUCUACUCCAUUGUCAUGAGAGUUAAUAAGCCAUGAAACUUAUUUUAUCUAGCAACCUUUAAUGAUAAGAAUUUUUUUUUUUUAGAUUCAUCACAGCAUAUUUCAUACAUUUUUAAUGAUACAUGUUUUGGAAAUGUAGAAACCAAUAAAUGAUUUAUUUUUCUUUAGGGUAAGAAGGUGCAGGAAUCUUUACAUCAAAGAGGUGUAUGUAGAAAAAAAAAAUCAUGUGUUGAUUGCACUAACAUGUAGUCAGUUUUUUUGAAGAUUAAACUGCCUUCAUAUAUUUCUUCUUUAAACUGUGUAGUGUAUAUAAUUAUUUUUUAGCUAGGUAAUAAAUCAGCUUUGGAAGGUAGAAGAAAAUGAUUGGGUGAAAUUAGUCCAGCGGUUCUCAACAUGUGGGUCGCAACCCUUCUGGGGUUCGAACCACCCUUUCCCAGGGGUCGCCUAAGGCCAUGGGAAAAUACAUGUACUCUACAGUUAUGAAGUAGCAACGAGAAUAAUUUUAUGGUUGGGGUCGCUACAACAUGAUGAACUGUAUUAAGGGGUCGCGGCAUAAGGAAGGUUGAGAACCACUGCAUUAGUCAAUAAUUCCGAUUUAUUUAAUUUAAUUAAAAUAAAAAUUUCUUAUUGUAUUCAUUAAUUUUAAUUAUUAUUAAGUAGAGCAGUAAUGUUCUAUAUUUACAUUCAUGCUUUUUUCUUUAGAUUUUUAAACAAAUAUAUUUGAAAUUAACAGUUUUUAGGAGUGAGAUCAAGUACUAAUUAUUUGGCAUAAAAUUUACAUGGAAACAGAUAUUUUAACUUGUCAAAUCUUACUUAUUUAACAAACAUUUCUAUUGACUGUAAUGGUAAUAAAAAUAUAUGUUAUAUUAUCUUUCUUUUAAAAGUUUAUACAUUUUUUGAUAGGCCUAUAAUACUUUUUUGUAGGAUAGAAAAUCAUGUUUACACUUUAUCAAGUUAUUUUUUAUACAUAUAAUAAUUAUAAAAUUAUGGAAAAAAGGAUUGUACCAUAUUACUUGUAUCUUGCCUUUACGCCGUAAAUGCCUAACUUAUUUUGACACAACAAAAGGUGUCUUUAACUUAAAUGUCUUAUAGUUUUAUAUGUAUAUGUUUGUAUAUGCAUGUAUGUGUGUUUAUAUAUAUAUAUAUAUAUUUAUAUAUAUAUUUAUAUAUAUAUAUAUAAAGAGAGAGAGAAACUUCCUGCAUUUAUGCAAUUUAAUUAGCUUCAUUUGUUUUGUCUUUACAGUACAAUGUUGUGGUCAGAAUAAAGGAGAAGAUGUCUGGUGUUCUUUGUUUCGCACUAGGCAAGAGACAUGGGACUUACCUCACUGGGCUUUACUUGUUUGUUAAGCUGCUGAACUUGGUCAAUGUCAUCUGCCAGUUUAUCAUGCUCACAGCUUUCCUCAAGGUCAAUCACAAUUUGCAUUCAUUUUAUUAAAUAUUCAUAUUAAUGCUAUUUAAAUUGAUUGCGAUCAUUUUAUUAUAUUGGAAUUAAUUAUUUAAUAUAAUUGUAGUUUUAUGAAUUUUAAAAACAAUUGAAUGAAUCUGAGAUGUAUUUAUUGGUAACAGUAGGAGAUUUAAAAAAAUAUUAUUUACUAAAAAUGAAAAUAUUCAAGUGCAUUUUAUUAAUUAAAUUUUCAAAUUUUUCUAUUUAAGUUAUAAAUAAUAAUGGACUUAACAAAAAAGUUUCUGUUAACUGUAAAACCUUAUUUAAUUGACAUUAAAAAUUUUUUUAUUCAAGCUCCAUAAACUGGCGCUGACUAAUGCACUAAAAUAAAACCAUUACUACUAGGCCCAUGGUUCUGAACCUUCCUAAUGAUCCGACCCUUUAACACAGUUCCUCAUAUUGUGGUAACUCCCAACCAUAAAAUUAUUUUUGUUGCUACUUCAUACAUAUGUGUUUUCUGAUGGUCUUAAGAAACCCCUGUGUUAGGGUCUUUUGACCCCCCAAAGGUGUUGUGAACCACAGGUUGAGAACCGCUGGAUUAGGCUAAAUUUUCCCAUGCUAAAAAUCUAUCAGUAUUACUGAAUACGCUGUACGUUCAGUUUUAAAAUACUGAUGAGACAAAAAUGCUGACGUUUUCUAUGGUUGAAUAUAAGGUCUUGAUAUUUUUAGUGAAGUAAAAUAUUCUUGAAAUAUAUUUUAAUGACUUAAAUAGUUAAAUCUAAAUAUAAUUUUCUACAAUUAUUAUUAUUAUUUAUUUAUUUUGCCUUUGGUUGACAGUUCAACUACUGGAUUUAUGGUUUUGAAGUUCUUCAACACCUGGGAGGCAAGUGGAUGGACAUUGACAGAUUCCCUCGAGUGGUCAUGUGUGAUUUUGAGAUAAGGCAACUUCAGAAUGUUCAGAAUUUUUCACUUCAGGUAAAAAUAAAACAAUUUCAUGCAUGAAAAAGAUUCAUUUCCAUUUGUUUGUGUAGAAUAAUGGUUGUAUUAAGGAAUAGCUCUAAUCUAAUCUGUUAAGAAUGAUGUUUGUAUUAAGGGAUAGCUCUACUCUAAUCUAGUCUGUUUAGAAUAAUGGUUGUUUCAAUGGAUAGCUCUUAUCUAAUCUUAUUAAUUUAUUUCUACAGCUCUCAAACAUUAUAUCUUAAUAUGUCAUAAUGAAAGAUAGCAACAUUGACUUUGGUUUUUAAUGGAAUCAUUUUAUCUCUAAUUCUUUUCUGAAAACAAUUCUUCUGUUUUUAUUGAAAAAAAGUUUGUGUACAGAUAAGCAGAAUUUCAGAAAGCGCUUAACUUGAGUAACAUUGUAUUUCCGCACAGUGUGUUUUAAGCAUCAACUUGUUCAUUGAGAAGAUUUUUGCUGUUGCCUGGUUCUGGCUGUUCUUUCUAGCUGUGGCGUCGGGCAUCAACUUCAUCAUCUGGACCUAUGAUAUAUUUUUUAGGUAAGAUAUCAAAGUCGAUGGGACCAAUUUUAAUGGUUUAAUCCUGAAAUCAUGUCAUUGGGAAGAAAUUCAGAAAAAGUAUUUUUACUUUACUAAAGAGAAAAUAAAUUGAUAUUUAGACAUCAACCUUUUGCCUCAUGAGUUUUUGUCUGCUUUUGGGCAGACUCAAUGUCUGAUGUAUCAAGAAUAUGUUUUAAAUUCUGACAGCAGAUCAUAAAUAUCUUAAAUCUAAUAGUGCAUUGCUUUGAUAUUAAAUUUUUUAAAAAGGGUAUUUAAAUAUGUCUUGUGAUAAAAUAUGAAGAAUUAAUAGUCAGAUUCAUGAUAAGUGAGGGGGAACAACCCUAUUCACUACACCAUUUGUAGAUCAUCUUAGUUUAAUUUAUUGCAUAAAUGAGGGAAACAAGCUUCUAAUUUUGUUGACCCUGGAAAUAACUAUCAAUCAGAGAAAGAAAAAUAAGAAUCGAUAAUAACAUUUUUUUUAAAAAGUAAAGAUUUAAUUUCACAAAGCAUAGAAAUAUAUUUUAUAAAUACGUGAAUUAAACCUUUAUUCAAUGUAAGAAUAUUAAAAUUUGUGUAUUUUACAGCAAAAGACGUGAACAUUUCAUCGAAAAGUACCUCAUGAUUCUUGGUGACAAAGAAUCCAGAAAAGAGAGGACUUUGUUCCAGAAGUUUGUCCACCAUUACCUCCGAGACGAUGGCGUGUUCCUGUUACGUUCGAUCGGAAACAACUCGAGUGAGAUCAUCUUGAUGGACCUGAUCAAAGUGUUGUGGUCAAAGUUCAAAGCCGAGAACAUGGAGGUGGAUAAUAACGGCAACGCUGCAGCCUCCGAGACUAACGAGUCACACGCCUAAUUAAUUAAGAGACAUUUGCCCAAACAUCCUUGAGUGUAGUGAAUACACAUAUAUGUAUAUAUAUGACGCAUGACUUUGUCUUCCAAUACAUGAAACAUGUUUUUAAAGCACAAAAGUCAGGACACAUCAAGAGCAUACAUUCCAUGAAUUUUGCGAUAAAUCAUUUUGAAUAGCAAUUUUAAUUUUAAAUGGUCGUAAAUGUUGGUUAUUCAUACUUUUAAUUACUUAUUUAGACAUCCCAUUGAUAGUGAACAUAAACUGAUUCAAAGAGUGAAAUUGCAUUUAAAUUAUCAUCUUAUCAGUUCGUCGACUAUUGGGAAUGAGAAACUGCUAGUGAUUUGUUGGAGAUACUCAUUGCUUUGAGAGUGUUCAGCCGAUUCUGAAAACUACAAUGUUUCAACUCUAUUCGAUUUUGUAACACCCCUAUACGGAGAAUUGUUAUACAUACAUUUAAUUCUAGUCUUAUUCUUAUUGUCUUGGCAAGGUAUUAAUUCUCAUUUUUUAAGGCUUGUAGCCCUACAUUGCAUGGAGAAGAUUCCAAAUAUAGGACUUCUCAAGUCUCAAUAGUUUAAUACUCAUAGUCGGCACUCAUCCUUGUAUUUUAAAAAAAAUAUUCAUCAAAGCAUUAUUUAUAUGGUUCAGGAUAAUGGUGUUAUGUUUUACACUCAUCAUAAGUGGGAAAUGUGAGCUACCAUUAUGAGAUGACCAGUGUGUGAGCUACCAUUAUGAGAUGGACAUUGUUAAUUCCAAAUUCAUGUUAUUUUUUGUAUUCUUAAAAAAAUGUUAUAUUUUUGUAUCUACUAGAAAAGGUUGUGGUUCUUAUCAAACACAUUUGAAUUUUACCUGCUUCUAUUUUGUACCUCAUUUUGUCAACCAAAACCUCUCCAGCAAUUUCAUGUCUCAUUUUUUCAUUUGUGAACAUUUCUUGUAACAUAUGUUUUGAAAUGCAACAUUUAACUCAACCGUUUGCAUUCCUAUUUUUUUAAAUAUACAUUUACUCUUGUACAUAAUCCAUCAAGGUAGGUCAUUUCCACAAAUUUUGCUGGUUAAUUUGACUCUACCCACCUUGUCAUGCCAGGGAUUAACUUGUACAUACUGAAGAUUAGUGAAAUUGGUUUCUGAGAAUGAUAUCUACCCUCAAAUUGUCUCCUUAAAGCUGUUGGUAAGAGUUCUUUCUUUGCAGGGUAUUGUUAACUACUAGAUAUAGCCAAACAACAGUGUAGGAAAUGUCAGGCACAGAAUGCACUUGCAGUAUUUUUAAGAAUCUCAUUUAGGGUGAUUUUUGUGCAUUUUAUUUUGCAUGCAGUUAAACUCACCAAUACUCCAUAAUUUCUUUCAUGCAAAGAGAAUUGUAUUGAUAGAUAUCAAUAAUGCCAAUGCUUGAUAAAACUAUUUGAGUAUUCAUUUUAGUAUUUGUGUGACUAGUUGGAAAUCAGUAAUUAUAUAAUAAAACACCUUUAAUACAAAUACAAUACAAUGGAGAAAACAUGGUUGUAGUAAAUGGAGUUUAUAGUAGGGCCUGGUUUCGCCUGCUACAGCCAGAGUGAUGAAAAUGCUCCAAUACAAGUAUGACUCUUACUAUGAGAUCCCUAUUAAAAUACUCCAUUAUUUAACAAAGUAAGACAUUCUUGCAGCUUGUUUGAAGCAAUUAUUCAAAUUAGAUUAAAUAUAAUAUUAAUAAUUAAAUUUAAAUAUCUUUUUACAAGACAAAUAUCAGCCAUGAAUUUUGUUCAAGACUUCUUGUACCGGGUAUCACUCUUGUACCGGGUAUCAUACAAUAAAAUUAUGUCCCCGAAAAAUUCCUAUUAACAAUCAGUUGGCAAAUUGCAAUCAUUUCAUGCCAAAUUUCAUAUUCAUAUUGCUUGGAAUAAUGUUUAUUUAACAAAUUUUAGGUCAGAAGCUGUUUUUAUUUAAGCAAGCAUAGAAAUUGUUUAUGCAAGGGGGGACAAACUUGGCACAAAAGUUCACUUCCUUUAAGUUCACUUCCUGUCUCAUGACCAAACCUGUUCAAAAUGUUAGAAGUUUUAUUUGUAGAUAUCUGUUGAUUGGACCUUGAAAAUGUUCAAUUGAUUUUUUUAUGAUAAUUGUUAGUUCAUUUUUUGAUGAUGACCAUUUUCAAAUAAUGUCUUUGUACAGAAUUUGACUAAAAUUUAAACCAAAAAAAAAAUGCAUUAAAAUAUGUGGAUGUCUUAAUUUGUUUAAGAUCAUGAUUGGUUUACCAUGUAAUCUUGAGCGAAAUCAAAUCUGUGGUGGAACUGCUGGCAACUGUGACAAUUAACUCAUGUUUCUUUAUUGGCUCCAGGUUUGGGAUGGUGUCACCUGUUUUGAUGGUGAUGGCUGUAGGGAUGGUGGUGUUGUUGGGGGGAUGGUGGUGUUUUUGGGAUGGUGAUGGUUAUAGGGAUGGCAUUGGUUGUAGGGAUGGUGGUGCCUGUUUUGAUUGGGAUAGCAGUAGGGAUGGUGGUGUCUGUUUUGAUUGGGAUAGCUGUAGGGAUGGUGGUGUCUGUUUUGAUUGGGAUAGCUGUAGGGAUGGUAGUGUCUGUUUUGAUUGGGAUAGCUGUAGGGAUGGUGGUGUCUGUUUUGAUUGGGAUAGUUGUAGGGAUGGUGGUGUCUGUUUUGAUUGGGAUAGCUGUAGAGAUGGUGGUAUCUGUUUUGAUUGGGAUAGCUGUAGGGAUGGUGGUGCCUGUUUUGAUGGUGAUGGCUGUAUGAAUGGUGGUGGUGGCUGUACUGUUGGGAUUGUGAUGGUUGUACUGUUGGGAUGGUGCUGGCUGUAUGAAUGGUGGUGCCUGCUGGGAUGGUGGUGCCUGUUGGAUUGUUUGGAAGUUAGUGCCUGUUGGCAUGGAGAUAUCUGUAUGAAUGGUGGUGCCUGCUGGGAUGGUGGUGCCUGUUGGAUUGUUUGGAUGUUAGUGCCUGUUGGCAUGCAGACAUCUGCAUGACAAGUGAUGCCCUGUUGUUUUAGGGGGAAUUCUUUUUUAAGGACAUGAUAAUAAAAUAUUAUGGACAGUAUGCAAUUAUUGGUAUAAAUGUCAACACAAUUGCACCUUAUUUUUAAGUUAUAUCAAGGAAAGAUGACUUUUUUUGUGUUAAAUCCAAAUUUUAAGUAAAAUAAGACAGUCCUAUUAAAAAUAAAAUUUAAAUGAAGAUCUUAAAAUCUGGUCAUUUUAAGGAUAAAAAGAAACAUUCAGAUGUUUUAAGAUGUUUCUAUUUAUAAAGGUGGUCAAUAUUAACAUCAUCAUUAUGUGGUCAAUAUUAACAUCAUCAUUAUGUGGUCAAUUUUAAAAAGAUUACUGAUGAUAAUUGUUAACUUCAUCCCUGUGUGGUUAAUGUAACAUCAUCACUGUGUGUAAGUAUGGUUAAAUCAAUGUGUAAUUGACCAGAAGAAUAUUCCUGACUCCUCUAUAUUGAGUUUAUUUUUCUCCAAGUUCCAAGCCUUUAUUUACACAAAAAACUCAGCCUUACAUAGAACUCAGCCUUACAGAGAUUACAGCCUUAAAUAGAACUCAGUUUUAGAGAUUACAGCCUUACAUAGAAUUCAGCCUUACAUAGAACUCAGCCUUACAGAGAUUACAGCCUUAAAUAGAACUCAGUUUUAGAGAUUACAGCCUUACAUAGAAUUCAGCCUUACAGAGAUUACAACCUUACAUAGAACUCAGGUUUUAAAGAGAUUACAGCCUUACAUAGAAUUCAGCCUUACAGAGGUUACAACCUUACAUAGAACUCAGCCUUACAGAUAUUACAGCCUUAAAUAGAAUUCAGCCUUACAGAGAUUGUCUAUGGAUGCAAUCUGUACUUAUGACAUUCCGUAUUUGUCAAUAAAUGUUUUACAUUGAAAUGGUGGCCUCUAAAUUAAAUCAUAUGUCAUGUUGUUUAUUUUAAAAAUAACCGCAGUUGCCUAGUGUUUGUUUUAAACCAAGGUACAUUCUUUUUAAUUGUUUCUGUUGUUUCUUAAAGCUGUAAAAGAAAUAAAUAUUAUCACAGCACAGUGUCCUCAUAAUGUGUCUUUAGGGUUGAAAGAAAUUUCGUGUCCUGUGUCAUGACUGACUUGAAUUCAAUAUUAAUGUUGGCUGUUUCAAAUAUCAGUAUUUUUUUUUUAAAUUCCAUUUUUCUUGUUCACUUCUGUCAAAUGUCCAAAAGUAGUUACCAGUAGGGUUGUUUCGUAUUUGAUGUGGAAAAUGUCUGCCACAUUUUUUAUUCAUUUCAUCAAAAUAUGCUCUAAAUGAAACAGUAUGAUUAAUGCAUAGAUUGGUUACUGGGUUAGACACUGCACAGGUCAUAUUCGGUUAGAGACUUCACAGGACAUAUUGGGUAAGAGACUUCACAAGAUAUUCUGGAUUAGAGACUUUAAAGGACAUACUGGGUCAGAGACUUCACAGGACAUACUGGGCUAGAAACUUCACAGGACAUACUGGUUAGAGUAAAAGACUUAACAGGACAUUAUGGGCUAGAGACUUCACAGGACAUUCUCAACACCUCAAUGUUUUAUAACAACCAUGACAAUAUUUAAAGACUGAAAUGCUGGAUUGUUUCUCUUUACCAGCUUUUCUUAGCUUCUUAAACAAAAUGUUCUGGAAGCUAAAACUUUAAAAAAAAUAAAGAACAGCA